GUGCUCGCCUCGCCUCGCCAGGCUCCCUCCAGAUCGGCUCGCCUUCGCUCCCCGCCGCGCCAUGGCCAGCACCUUCGCCCGCGCCCUCUCCGCCCGCAAGUCCGCCGGCCUCCUGGCCAUGGUGGGCGCCGCCGGCUCGCUGGCCGCGGGGCUGCUGCUCUCCCGAGACUCCGUGGGCGCUGCGGCAGCCAAGCGACGCCUCUACCCGCCCAGUGCGGAGUACCCAGAUCUGCGGAAACACAACAACUGCAUGGCCAGCAACUUGACCCCCACCAUCUAUGCUCAGCUUUGCAACAAAGCCACCCCCAACGGCUGGACCCUGGACCAGUGCAUCCAGACGGGAGUGGACAACCCCGGGCACCCCUUCAUCAAGACAGUAGGCAUGGUGGCCGGAGAUGAAGAGACCUAUGAGGUGUUUGCAGAUAUCUUUGAUCCGGUGAUCGAGGAGCGGCACAACGGCUACAAUCCUCGCACCAUGAAGCACCCCACAGACCUGGAUGCCAGCAAGAUCAAGGCUGGCCACUUCGAUGAGCGCUACGUGUUGUCAUCGCGGGUGCGGACAGGACGCAGCAUCCGCGGCCUCAGUUUGCCUCCAGCGUGCACCAGAGCAGAGCGCAGGGAGGUGGAAAGGGUCUCCGCAGAAGCCCUGAGCGGCCUGACGGGCGACUUGGCUGGGAAGUAUUACCGCCUGUCCGAGAUGACUGAGAAAGAGCAGCAGCAGCUUAUUGAUGAUCACUUCCUCUUCGACAAACCCGUCUCCCCCUUGCUGACGGCAGCGGGCAUGGCUCGAGACUGGCCCGACGCACGAGGAAUCUGGCACAACCAUGAAAAGACCUUCCUGGUCUGGGUCAACGAGGAGGACCACACCCGCGUCAUCUCCAUGGAGAAGGGGGGCAACAUGAAGCGAGUCUUCGAAAGGUUCUGCAGGGGCCUGAAGGAGGUGGAGCGCUUGAUCCAGGAGCGAGGCUGGGAGUUCAUGUGGAACGAAAGGCUGGGCUACAUCUUGACCUGUCCCUCCAAUCUUGGGACUGGGCUUCGAGCUGGCGUGCAUAUCAAGCUGCCGCUGCUGAGCAAGGACAGCCGCUUCUCUAAGAUCCUGGAGAACCUGAGGCUGCAAAAACGUGGCACCGGGGGCGUGGACACAGCAGCCACAGGGAGCACCUUUGACAUUUCCAACCUGGAUCGUCUUGGGAAAUCGGAGGUGGAACUGGUUCAACUGGUGAUCGAUGGUGUGAACUACCUGGUCGACUGUGAGCGACGUCUGGAGCGGGGCCAAGACAUCCGGAUUCCUUCACCUGUGCCACAGUUCCGCAGCUGAGCUUCAUGCAGCAAAGCCCGGGCUCUGUAGGACACCAGCAUGCAUAAUCUCGGGCACUGCACAUCAUACGUUGCAGCAAUCCCCAUAAAUUUCUUGCUGCUGUGA